AUGGAAAGAGAGUUCCUUGAUUCAGCAGCUGGUGGAUCAUUUUUGGACAAGAGCAAUGUAGUAGCAAAAGAUCUUUUGGAGAAGAGAGCUAUGAACAACCAACAAUUUGGAACAUCUGCUAGUUCUACACGGCAGGUACAUGAGACCAACUCGAGUUCAACCUCUGCUCUAGAAGACAAGGUUGAUAAGUUGUCCAAGAUGAUGAGUCAUUUCAUGAAGACUAGUGGAGCUCAAGUUUGUGGAAUCUGUACGGAUGGACACACUACUGAUCAAUGUCCUCAAAUUGCUUCUAGUGGAGGGUAUGAGGAAGUCAAUGCCCUUGGUUAUCAAGGAGGUCAGAGGUACAAUAUAUUUUCGAAUACCUACAACCCUGGCCUACGUGAUCAUCCAAACUUUCGGUGGUCCAAUAAUGAGAAUGUACUAAGGCCACAUCAAAAUACUAUACAAUUUGGGCCUCGUCCGGCUGGUUUGUUUAGACCACAAGCUCCACCACACAAUGUUCCACCUCCCAACGUGGCUAGUACUCCUAAUUAUGAUGAGAUGUUGAAAUCUUUAGUUGCUGGACAAAGUCAAUUGAAUACCGUGACUCAAACUUUGGUGGUGGGUCAACAAGCGAAUAGCAAGGACAUUGCGGAGCUAAAAAUGCAUAUGGGCCAGGUAGUAGACUUCAUGGGCCGUUUUUCUGAGCAAGGAAAUUUGCCAAGUGGUGUCAUACCUAACCCAAAGAAUGAGCAAGCCCAAGCUAUCAUGACAAGGAGUGGGUUCGAGCUAAAGGAGCAGCCUAGUAUUGCUAGGAAGGCCCAAACAUCCCAUGUUCUUGAGGAGGGUGACGAGAUGACUAUGAUGAAUGUCUUGGAGAAAUAUCCAGCUACCUCAAAGAAGGAGAGUGUGCCGAUCCAUGAAGCACACAAAGGUACAAAUGUUAACUCAAAUGAAUUAAUUAAAACUAAUCAUAUUUCGUGUGUAUCUUUCCCUUCUAGGUUUGCAAAGAGCAAGAAAGAUAAAUCUGAUGAGGAGGUGUUAGAGGUCUUUAGGAAUGUGCAAGUUAACCUUCCAUUGUUGGAGUGUAUUAAGCAGAUCCCAAAAAAUGCUAAAUUUCUUAAGGAGCUUUGCACUUCAAGAAGACAAAUUAGGGAAGAAAAGGUCAGUCACUUGAUUUUUCCUGCAGAUUUUUAUGCGCUAGCAAUGGAGUUAUCACCCUUGGAGACAACUCCACUGCUUUUCGGGAGACCGAUCAUGAGAACUGCAAGGACAUGCAUUGAUGUUGCAACUGGGAGUUUGACGAUGGAAUUUGAUAGAGAUGUUAUCAACUUCAACAUUUUUGAGGCAAUGAAGUACCCAGUUUCUGACCCUAACUCGUCCUUUUAUGUGGAUGAUUCUAUUGCACAUGUUAUGUCAGAGACGUUGGAAGCAUAG